CUUCAACUCUAUAUAAUAUAAUACGCCCUAAGUACCAAUAUUAGGCAUGCCAAGCAUUUCUCUGGCUUUUUCCCCUAGGAAUUAUAUUCCCAACCUCGCUGGAACAUAGAAGAAUUUGUUGUGAAGUUGCAAACUCAAUCUGGUUUUGGUAUCAUAACCGAUUAUUUGGUUUCAAAAUUUGAUAGAAACAUCUUGAUCAAAAGUGGAAGGAAAUUAAAGUGUAUCAAUAUCUAUCUAAGUUCGUCCCAAAAUGGAAAGAUGUAUGGCGUUAGGCAAAGAACUCAACCUUGAGGCCACAGAGCUUAGAUUAGGCCUACCCGGCAUCAAGGAGUCAGAAAAGCAACCAUCUAGUACCAUCAAGAGCAACAAAAGAUCAUUUCCCAACAUGGAUGAGAAGUCAUGCGGAUCUAAGGACAGUUUUAAAGCGUCACAAGCACAGAAAUGCAACCAAGAAAUUGCUUCACCCGCCAAGGCACAAGUUGUCGGGUGGCCGCCUGUGAGAUCUUACCGGAAAAACUGUUUCCAAGCAAAGACAAUGGAGGGCGCUGAAGCCGCCAGCGGGUACGUGAAAGUUAGCUUGGACGGAGCUCCAUAUCUAAGGAAGAUUGAUUUGAAGGUCUACAAAGGAUACCCGGAGCUCCUUAAGGCCUUGGAAGACAUGUUCAAGUUCAGUGUGGGUGAGUAUUCUGAGAGUGAAGGCUACAAUAAUGGGUCAGAGUUUGUGCCGACUUAUGAAGACAAAGAUGGAGAUUGGAUGCUGGUUGGAGAUGUCCCAUGGGAUAUGUUUAUAUCCUCGUGCAAAAGGCUGAGAAUCAUGAAGGGGUCAGAAGCUAGGGGCUUGGGUUGUGCCGUGUAAAGUUCCUUAAAGACGGAGAAGCAAAGGAGAUCCAUUUCUCUGGAAGAUCACCGAACGCUAACUUUUUAUCCAUGAAGAAACUGAUCAGAAAGGGAAAAGAGAAAAAAGAAAAC